CCAACCACCUCCUCCAACUGAGUCCCCAAAGGCCUUUAUUUUUUUUAUUUUAAUAUUUUAUUUUUGUUUCGAAAUUAAGGUCCAACCUUCUAAUAGCUGUUCAUUGUUGAACUCGUCGUUUUGAUAAUUUCUUAAAAAAAUAAUAAAUAUAUUGGAAACAAAAGGGAGGGCGUUCUUGAUUCAUGCUCUUUUUCGACGAGGCCUCUCUCUCUCUCUCUCUCUCUCUCUUUCUCUGACUCUCUCUGGGGCUUGAUUUGGGUCAUACGCGACCACCCACUUCAAUCCAGCAAAAACCCACGUCAAUUCCCUACAAAUCUCCAUUACCCAUCUCCCAAAAUCGAAGCUUUGUUCGUUCACUCUUCGCGAAAUCAUCGACAGUACUGUGUGGGGAUACGUGAGCGAGGCAGAGGAUUUGGGAAGGAUAAAUGGCGAAUCUGGUAGCGAAGGUCAAGAGGGAGACGAUUGCGGCAUGCAUGACUUGUCCUUUGUGCAAUAAACUCUUUAGAGAUGCCACCACCAUAUCUGAAUGCCUCCAUACGUUUUGCAGGAAGUGCAUACAUGACAAGAUUUCAGAAGAGGAAUUGGAAUGCUGCCCAGUGUGCAACAUCGAUCUGGGUUGUGUGCCAUUGGAGAAACUGAGACCAGACCACAAUUUGCAAGAUUUGAGGGCCAAAAUUUUCCCGUACAAAAAAAAGAAAGUAAAUGCACCUGAAGCUGCACCCUCAGCAACAUUGCCAGCUAGAAGAAAGGAGAGAUCACUCUCGUCGUUGGUGGUCAGUACUCCCAAAGUAUCAUCGCAGGGUGCCACAACUGGUAAAAGAACGAAAACUACUACAAGGAAGGCUGCAGGUUUACGAGGUUCCAGUUCUGUAAUUGAUAGGGUUCCUAAAAAAGAAGAAUAUUCAGAAGAAGAUUAUGCGGAGGGCUCUAGCUCACCUGAAACUCUUAAAAAGUUCACUCAUAGUAAAAGACAGGGUUCUUUAUCUGCUGAACAUAGAGAUUUCUUAAGUGCUAAAGUAGAGGAUGAAAAUGAUUCGUCGGAGGCAAAAUUGGAUUUGUGGAAACCUUUAAAUUGUUUGGUGGAGGUCGCAAAUAGAAGCAAGUCUUUUAGGUCUAAUUCUCAGGGACCUGAGACUAAAUUGGAAUCUUUGAAUCUCCCUGACAAAGAAGGUCGAGUUCGUAAGACCAAAACUAAAGAAAAUAAACACAAUGCAAAUGCUAAGGAGAAGAAUAAUGCUCUUCAUGACUCUUCAGAAGCUGUAGAACCUAAAAAAUUGCGCAGGAUUCGCCGGAAAAGGGCUGUUGCUCCUGGAGACCCGGGCAUAUCGUCUCAAGCUGUACUUGAUGCUGCCAGUUCAAGGCAGGAAAAAAGAAGUGGUCCAGUUUGGUUCUCGCUAGUAGCCUCUGAAGAUCAGAACGGAGAUGCACCCUUGCCUCAAUUUCCAGCAAGCUACUUAAGAAUAAAGGAUGGAAAUAUGCCUGUCUCUAUGAUCCAAAAGUACCUGACGAGGAAACUAGAUCUCACCAGUGAAACUGAGGUUGAGAUCAAAUGUAUGGGACAAACAGUGGUUCCCUCAUUGCAACUUCAUAAUUUAAUUGAUUUGUGGUUGCAAGCAACAUCAUCGCCAGAGCGAUCCUCAGCAACGAUUGGUUCCUCGGCCAAGGACUUUGUGAUGGUGCUGACCUAUGCUCGAAAGGACCCUGGCAGACGCACUCAAUGACGCCAUUGUCCAUAUUUCUACCGUCCACAUCUUUCAAUUAUCAUUAUAGUUCUCUAGAACACCUUAUUGAUAUAGAGGGGUUUUGCAUUAGGCCUAUAUAUAGACUAUGAAUGAUUAUUUGUUUCAUUACUUGGUUCAUUUACAAAUAAUUGCAAACACCUUGUAGCAAAUCAGAGAGUUUUGUGUUGUGGGCAGAAAGGGUGUCUUCCGAUUCAUGUUGACACAAUUGCAUUACACGGAAACAGUGUUUUCCGAUACAUAUGUGAAUGUAACAUCCCUUGCCUUCCAA